CUGCCUUUCCGUCCAACACUUUCUAACCACAGUUUUUGGUUUAUACAUUAAAAAAGCCCAUAUAUUUUUCUUGCAAGAAUUUGAAAAUCUCUUUGUUUCCUCUAUCAUUCAUCCUCCCGCAGCACCAGCCAUGUCCUUCAGAAUCAGAGGGCCGAAUGCUUCUUCUGGUAUGGGUAUGGCUGAUCACAGCAAAAACACAUUCAUGGAACUGAAGAAGAAGAAGGCGCAUCGCUACGUGAUCUUCAAGAUCGACGAAAAGAAAAAUGAGGUUGUCGUCGAGAAGACAGGUGGCUCUGCUGAAAACUACGAUGAUUUUGCUGAAUCCUUGCCGGAGGACGACUGUCGAUAUGCAGUAUAUGAUUUUGAUUUCGUGACUUCUGAGAACUGUCAGAAGAGCAAGAUUUUCUUCAUUGCCUGGUCUCCAGCAAUCUCACGGAUUCGUGCAAAGAUGCUUUAUGCUACAUCUAAAGACAGCGUCAAACGAGCCCUGGACGGUGUUCAUUACGAGAUUCAGGCGACCGACCCGACAGAAAUGGAUCUUGAAGUUAUCAGAGAUCGCGCCCACUGAAGUGUUUAAGACUUGUGUAGUUGCUGCCCUGUUCAUGCAUAAGAAAGUUGUCUUUCAUGACAAUUUGCUUGUAGAGCUGAUGAGACAACAUUGUUCCUGGUGCUGUCUGGUCAUUUCCAGGUUGAAAAUUUCUACAUUGAAUUUCAGGCAUUGUGGGUGUUUUCAGCGUCUGUUUGUCGAGAGUGAUACACUGCUGUUUUUGAAACUGAAAACCUUAACAUAAGAAUUGUCGUCAAGUGGAUUCCGCAGAUGGCUAAAACACAAG